AUGGCAUCCAUCCUGUGCAAGAAGAUUCCAUAUACGUUCAAAGAUAUAUCGCUGCUCGACAAUCGCUCGUUCAUCGCUGGACAAUGGGUCACUAGUUCGACCCUGGAGACUUUCCCAGUCUACGACCCGGAGGACAACGAAAAGGUCUGCGACGUUGCGGACCUUGGGCGCGAUGAUACCCGUAAGGCGGUCGUAGCUGCACAAGAAGCUUUCAAGACCUUCAAGAAUACUUCUCAUCGCGAACGUCGCUGGUUAAUGCGACGCUGGGCCGAUAUGAUAAAAGAGAACAAGGAAGACCUUGCUGCGAUCUGUACUCUGGAGCUAGGAAAACCAUUCUCCGAGUCUUUAGUAACGGUCAAGUAUGGAACCGACUUCCUCGACUGGUUCGAGGGCGCCAUCGAGCGACAAUACGGAGAGACGAUUCCCGCGGCCAAGAGCGAAAACAGGAUCUUCACCAUUCGCCAGCCUCAAGGAGUCGUUGCAGCUAUCACACCCUGGAAUUCGCCAAUUGCCAUGGUGACAAGAAAAGUUGGUGCCGCCAUCGCUGCUGGGAACACAGUGGUCUGCAAACCUGCUCCGGAGACAUCGCUAUGCGCAAUCGCUGUGGCGAAACUCUUUGAGCGAGCUGGAGGCCCACCAGGUGUGUUCAACAUAGUCACAUCGAGUGUCAAAAAGGCUGCCGAGGUUGGUCAAGAGCUCACAUCGAAUCCAUUUGUUCGACAUCUCAGUUUUACUGGUUCUACUGCCGUCGGUCGAUUCUUACAUGCUGAAUGUGCGAAGAGUUUCAAGAAGACCAGCAUGGAGCUCGGCGGGAACGCCCCCUUUAUUGUGUUUGGGGAUGCUAAAAUCGAUAGGGCCGUCGAAGGCCUAAUAUCGUCCAAGUUCCGUUCAUCAGGCCAAACGUGUGUGUGUGCCAACAGAAUAUUUAUUCAUUCUUCUAUCAUCGAGAUUUUCGCAUCGGUUCUCCAGAAGCGUUUGGGAGAAACCUUCCGCUACGGCUCUGUCUGGGACAAAAACGUCAACUUCGGCCCGCUAUAUUCUAACAAGGCGCUCGAGAAGAUCCACGCGCAAAUCAAAGACGCGCUUGAGAAGGGUGGGAAGAUUCUCGGUGGCGGGAAAGAGCCGUCUGAAAAUGACGGUCCUAACUUCUUUCCGCCAACCAUCAUCACUGGGGCAAAGACCAGCAUGCUUUUCAUGGAGCAGGAGACUUUUGGACCGCUUGCAUUCUUGGUUCCAUUCGACACGGAUGAGGAGGUAAUUGCCUUGGCAAAUGACACUGAUGUGGGAUUGGCCGCUUACUUUUACACUGAAAAUAUUUCACGUGUAUGGAAGGUUAGCGAGGCAUUAGAGACAGGUAUGGUGGGCGUAAGAGUAGGCCUUAUAAGUGCUUGUGAGCAGCCAUUUGGAGGUAUAAAGAAUAGCGGCACAGGUAGAGAAGGGGGUAGAGAAGCGUUGGAUGAGUAUACUGAGGUCAAGAGCAUCACUGUCGGAGUUUAG